AUGAGUCUGGUCUCGGGCUUUCCUCAUCACCCGGUCAUGCACCACCACGACACCCACCACUGCUCUCUGCAUACAGCGGCAGGGCGCUGUCACGAGGACACGGGGGCACCUCCGUACUUCACGAGCUGGCUCAUUAGCCACGCGGAUAUGUCCCCCACAGAGUACGGCCUGGCUCCCAGUUACAGCCCAGAGUACCAUGGCAACAGCGGCGGCGGCGGCUCCACGGGCGGCCUGGACCAGCACCAUCACCACCACUACGGCCCCGGCGGCCUGGUCCCGGGUCCCGGCGCCAUCUCUGUAAAUGGAGCUGCUGUCAGUAUGCACCACCACCACCACCACACACACAUCCGCACCGUAAAGCGGAGGCCAACCGCAAACAGGAAGGAGCGGCGACGGACCCAGAGCAUCAACUCGGCCUUCGCGGAGCUGCGGGAGUGCAUCCCCAACGUGCCCGCGGACACCAAGCUGUCCAAGAUCAAGACUCUGCGGCUCGCCACCAGCUACAUCUCCUAUCUAAUGGACAUCCUGGACAAGGACGGACAGCACGGGGACACGCAAGCCUUCAAAGCCGAGCUGAAGAAGACGGAGGCCCGCGAGGAGCGGCGGAAGAGGGAGGCGGUAAGAGCGCGAGAGCACCGACAAACAGCCUGAACCCGAGAAAGCGAGAGAAGCGAGUCAACAGCAGCAGGGUGUUACUGUUUUACUGUGUGCGUGAGAGCAGCUCACACACACACAGUAACAAACACACACACAGACACACGCAGUGAGGUGUGACUCAUACAGAUCUAAUUCUAAAGUUUUAGUUUGAAAGUUUUUCCGCGCAGACACUCAGCUGCUCUGCAUGAUGGAGGACAGCCUGCAGACUUUAACUUCUGAAAAACAGCCUCACUCAGCCUACUGAUUAAAAAACAAACAAGCAAACAACAACAAACAAAAAAUAAUAUUAAUAAUUAUACAAACUAACUCCUCAUUUUGAUAUUCGCUCUUAAAGUUUUUUUUUUCAAGAGCUUUGUGGGUGUUUGUGGUCAGUCAUUCGUUCUCAGUCGUGAGGUUUCUGCUGUUUUUAGGCGCACACCUGAGUAUGAACACCUUUAUUUUCAUGUUUUCUCUGCCAAACAUAAAAAACAGCAGCUUAGAGUUAACACCUUUCUCUUUUUAAACACCAUAUUUAUAUUUUUUGAAAAAAUUCAAUAAUUAUUUUUUUUUUAUAGAACGCCAAAAAACUUCACAGUUGGAGCUGCGUGUGAAGACUAAUAUAAAACAGAGAAUUAAAUACAAAAUUAGUCUUAAUAAAAUGUUUGUAAAUUAAAAAAAUAUGAAUAUAUAUAUAUAUUUUUAAAUUUUGCAUUUACAUGUUGUGCAGCAUUUUUAAUAGAUUAAAACAAAUACUGCGAAGUAGGUAAUGAUAAAAAAAUGAAUGUCUACAAUAAAGCACGCACACUAAUGUGCAUUUAAGUUUUGCAAAUAGGAGUCAGAAAUGUAAAUAUUUGGUAUGAUUAAAAAAAAAAUAGAAACGAAAUAAUUUAAAGAUUUCAUAUAAAUCCAACUCUCUGGACCCGAAUGUGUUUGUGGCUAAAUUUGCACAAACAAGUGGGUUCACAGAGCAUCUUUUAUCAGUGUGUGUUUAUUCUGCAUGCGAUAAGCGCUGCAAUAUAAAAAUGUAAAACAAUCAUAAAUAAAGCUGCAAAGACAUACUAUAGCUUGUGCUGUAGGGCAAAUUACAUUCCUACAGCGUGCAAAAAGCCGUCCCAUUAAAAAAAAAAAAAAAGAAAAACCUUCAGCAUCACCAUCAGAGGUUUCAAAGUGUUCAUUACAGGAGGUUCCGGCGGUGUCCGUGUCGCACACUGGGAUUUUAUGUGUCUGUAGUUUUUAUGUCUCUGUCUGUCAGUCAGAUAUACUGUGGCACUGAAGCGUCUUAAAUUUGAAACAGAAAAUAUUUGGAGGUUUUGAGUCUCACAGAGAAACUGGAGAAUGUUGAAGAUUGUCUGAGACCGGAUUUGGUUUGUGGAAGAGAGACAGAUUAGUCCACUCUUUGAGGGCCUCCGGGCUGUUUCACAUUCAGCAGCGAGAUUACGGACAGCGCAGAUAUUUGGAUUAGGAUUAUUUCACAUUCAAACGACAUACACAGUAAAUUAUCUCCUCUGAAACCAGGAGUCAUGUCCGCUCUCCAACAACAGCCCAAACUCGCUCAGUCUUAUUCAUAAAGUAAGGUAUCCACGCUUUUCCCGUGGACCUUUGGCGUCUCACUGUGACAUACAGGUUUUGGUCUGCUUUAAGAAUGCUAAAUCGCUAGCAUGAGACAACAGAGCCUCAUAAAGCCAUUUCUCCCUACGCAUAAACAAAGAGAUUGGACAUAAUAAAAGCAAAGAGUCCAUGAGAGGGUAGCCGCUAAAUUGGUUUCCAUCAUCAGACAGCUUGGAGCCAGGAGGGGCCACGCGUUGCAACACUGUUAUUGCCAUAGCAACGCUCCCUCUGCACGUUUAAUUCUACACAUAGUUCUGCUCCCAGACCUGCAGGAUGUGAGCAGAAAAGUAGCAACGGUGGUCGUGUAGGUCAUUUAUACAGACAUUUCACUGAACCCCUUAAAUUUUUUUAAAAACAAGGAACUGUUCCUGAGGACCAGCAGCUAUUUUGUAAAACGCAACAGAAAUGAACUGAAAAGUGUCCUUAUUACUCCUCAAUGAAAUUCAGAAAAUGGCAAAAACUUAAAAAAAAAAAAAAAAAGUGAGACCUCAUUAAACAGUGAGGAAAUUUUUAGAAAGUGAAAAGAAACCUGCAUAUUUCAUGACAUUGCAAAAUAAAGUGAAACAAUAUAAUUUAACAUAGGCCUACAGAAAUAUUAUAUGCAAAAAAAAUUCACAGCAAAACACAAAGAAAUGUCACUGACCACCAAAUUAUUUCAAAAAUGAAAAAUCUUUUUAUCAAAUACAGAAAGACUUGAUCCGUACUCUGAAAGCUUUUUAUAUGGUUAAACUUCCACCAAAUAAACAAUGUUUUUGUGCAUUUUUCAGUUUAAAACCUGAGGAUCACAAGCUAUUUUGUAAAAUGCAACAGAAUUUAAAUGAAAAAGGUCCUUAUUACUUAUAUAAAAAAAAAAAAAACAUAAAAUGCCAAAAACUUAAAAAAUGUAAAUGAUCUCAUUGAAUACUGAGGAAAAACUUGAUCUGAACGCUGAAAUGUUUUAUAUGGUUAAAAUUUCACAAAAUACAAAAUGUUUUUGUGCAUUUUUCAGUGUUGCAUUGAUUUUUUCUUUUGGCGUUAGUGAAAUGUUUUUUUGUUUUACAGUUUUGCAUUCUUAUUAACUGUUUAACUUUUCAUCAUUUUUUAUCAUUCAAAUUUUUGCAUAGUUUUUUUAUUUUACAUAUUAGAAUAUAUUUUAUUAUAUUUCUCUGUGAGGUCGACUUUCACAGCCACUGUAUAACAGUACAAAGGCUUUUCCUAAUGUGGAAUUACAGAUGAGCUAACAUUAUUUUACUUUUUGGGCUUCUUGCUCACAGAGGUUUAGAUUUUUUUUAAAUAAAGGAGAGCAUCAAAACGCAGCUAUACUUUUAAAUUUGACUUAGUCAGUUUUUCUUACUUUUUCAUAAUCAAAUUUUAUGGAUCCUGAGGGAACUGCCAGCACCAGGCUGCUCCAAAACAAACCCAAGUAGCCCAUCAGAACAUCAGAUAUGCUAGAUAAUAAAUAUAAACUCUUUUGUCCAAAGUCUUGCAGCAUGUUUUAAAUAAACACAGCUGCACACUGGUUGAAUUAACUAACAUGGUGUUCAUUGUUAAGCUAAAAAGAAAUUUGUACUGUACAAAGCAUAUUCAUCUUGGUUUGCAAUGAAUCUGCAGACUGUCUAGAGGUUUUUACUCCUGUGGCUGACACACAGCCUCCUCUCUGCCUGAUGCAACAGGCUGUGACAGUCAGAGCGGACAGACAGGUGACAUGCUGACAUUCGCAUCCUCUCAUUUAUGACACAAAAAUUACACUAUUUCAGAAUCCUUAAGUGAGAUGAUCCAGAUUUGGAAAAUUCUCUAUAUAGGCUAUUGUUACUUUUAGUUUGAUGUUCUAUUCUACAUUUAUUAAUUCAACAAGAAAGUAGUUAAAAAUUUGACUUUGAUAUUUACUUGAAAAGAUCUUGUUUCUUAUUGCAUUCUGACUGUUAAUUUCCAUUCCUUAUUGUCCUCCAUUUAAAAUCACCACUUUUUACAUUUAUUUUCAAGUCAGAUGUCAGAUAAUACUAGUGUACUUCUUGGGACUUAAUUGGCCCAAUUUGGCCCAAAGUACAUUUGAAGCAUAUCUGAAAGUAAAUUUCUUGGUAUUUCUAGUCCCCUUUUUAGUUUACAAAAGUGCACUCUGAGGCAUACCUUUAUUUAUUUACUUAUUUUUUGUUUUACUUUAUUUUAAUUUUAAUUUGAUUGUUAUUAUUAUUAUUAUUAUAUAUUUUUUAAAUUUAUUUAUUUAUUUUAUUUUAUUUUAUUUUUUAUUUUUUUUUUGGGGGGGGGGCACAUGGUUAGGACAGGAAUUGAACCUGUGACCACAGCGGGUAAGACAGUCCCUAACAUGGGGUGCACUUAAAAAAUCAAAGCAUAAUUUAAAUUACCUUUUGGUAUGCUAGUAUUUUAACAGUAGUACAAAUUUGUAUACUUAGCUUGUACUGCUUAUCUUUUUAUGGAAGUAUUCCCUGACCAAGGAUACUUAAACCUAAGGCACAAAUACAUACUUAAGUAUAUAUUGAUCAAAAGUUUAUGUAUAAUAGGUUAAAUAUUUUUAGCCAAGUAUACUUAAUGUUAACUUUGUUAAGUAUAUUUCGGAAAAGAGCAUAAAAAGUAAACUGAAAGCAUACUUUGUAUAAAAAAAAGGAUACUUGAAGUACAAUUCAACAUACUUUUUUUAGUAAGGGUACACAUUCAUGGCAAAACAUGCAUAUGCUUAUUAUGCAUAUUUACUGUAGUUGGGUGUUGUUCUCUCCUAAAUGUGUGUGUGUGUGUGUGUGUGUGUGUGUGUGUGUGUGUGUGUGUGUGUGUGUGUGUGCACUGAAACAUCAAGUUCAUAGACAGAUUUAAAUUACAUUGAGGUUUGUUAAAAAAAAAAUCCACAGAAAACAACAUGCUUAUGGAAAACAAGCACUGAAAAGUCAAAGCACAGAUCAGGGCACUGAGAGACAAAGCUGCUGUAACGAUGAUCAAACCAGUGUUUAUGCCGAGCAAAGAAAUUCUGUCAGGUCACAUAUGGUGUAUUUGACACCUACUACCUAACACCACUCUUUGGACUGCUGGUUAAGCAUAAACAAACCUGUAGACAGGUAGGAUAUGGACUUAGAAAAAUACAGCAUUUUUAUGUCCCCCCAGGAAUUCUUCUCUGAAAUUAUACUGUGUUACUCCAAACAAUGAAAAGGGAUUUUCGCACUUAUUGUGGGUGUGCAUGAGCGCGCGCGCGCGCGCACACACACACACACACACACACACACACACACACACACACACACACACACAGAUGAUUAGCAGAGUAAUGAUGUCCUGAUCAGGAGGAAGUGUGAUUGAUUGAUGUGACUGAUUGAAGCAAGAGAGCUAUUUUUACUCAAACUGAGAUCACUGAUCAGAGGGUGUGGAGCUGCUAAUAUCGCAAGACAUUUCACUCCUCUCUCUCUCUCUCUCUCUCUCUCUCUCUCUCUCAUACUGCUGAUUCUGCUGCUGCAGUACAGAUACAAACAGAUAAUUGAUCAGUCAAUUUAAUGUGUUUUAUGUUAAUAUUACAAAAGUUAGUGUAUGAUUUGUUAAAUAAAUUGGUAUCAGUCGCUUAGUGCUCAGAAAAAGUGGAUUGAAGAGACAAACUUAAAAACAUAUUUAAAGUACAACCAGAAUAUAUAAUACAACCGAAAUAUGUAAAUGAUUAUAUUAUUAUCCAUAUUUGCACUAUGAUAAUCAAAAGGAUUCAUAGAACAGAAGGGCCUAUUAGCAUUGAAAAAAUUCUACAAAAAAUAUAAAGCAUGUUGACAUCAAUUUGUAAAAUGCUGCACAGUAUAAAAAAACCUGCAGAUACAUAACUGCCAGUAUGAAUCACAUAUAAAAAAUAUAAAUACAUACAUAUGCACAUAAAUUAAAACACACAAUAAAACUGUUAUUUAAAUGUUGUAAAUAAGAGACACAAAUGUGUAUCUAAUGGUCUAAUAAUAAUGAAAAUGCUCUUAUAAUCAUGUAGAAUUUAUGUACACAUACAAAAUUUCACAAAUAAUGAAAUAUGAAAUAUGGCUACACAUAUGUGCACAUAUGAAUGACGUGUUCUGAGGAAAAAGUUCAUAGCUAAUUUAUUGUGAAAUAAAUAACUGACCGUAUGCAACACUAUUGCAUGUACCACAUUACAGUUUCAAUGUACAGCAAUGUAAAAAGUAUAUUUCUGAUUCAUCUCUUGUUACAUAUUUAUUUAGGAAUGCAGUUUUGCUAUUGUGUAUGUAAACAGCUUCAUUUCAUUUAGGAGAUGCAUCAUAUGAUAUGAUAAUAUUUCCAUGCGCAAAAAUAUAGUUUUGCUGAGAAAUAAUGUUUUUUUUGUUUGUUUGCAGUUAAAAUGUAGUGCAUUCAGAGUUUUAUUUUUGGGUUAGAAAUGAGUAAAGUUGCUUUCACACCAGAGCUGUGUGGUCCGCUUUAAAUGGACCAAAGUUCGUUUCCUCGGAUAGUCCGCUUCGUUUGGGCAGGUGUGAAAGCUCAUCUGAACUCUGGUGCGGACCAAACAAGCGAACUCUGGUCCACCUGAAAAUGUGGGUCUUGGUUCGCUUGCAAGUGAACCCUGGUUCGGUUUGUAUGCAGUGUGAAAGUUCACUGGACCAAACACAGGACCAAAUGUAUGUAAUGACACUACAUGCAAUGCAUACGCAGUGCAUCUUGGGUAGAGGAAGCACGGCGUCCCUUGUUGCUAUGACAACAAGUGACCGCCAGUUGCUAGCUAGCGUAGCUCAAUUGUCUGAACAACAAUAACCCACGCCAUUAAUUAAUUCUGCAGUUGACUCUGCAAAGUCGGCAGAAAUCGCUUAUAUCCGUAUAUAUCUGCGUAUAUAAACGAUUUCUGCCGACUUUGCAGAGUCAACUGCAGAAUUAAUGGCGUUCUGAAUGAACGGGGCUUUGAAAAGUCCCGCAGCAUGUGUUAGACGUCACCACUACACAUGGACCAAUCAGGGGCUGCAUUUCCCUGUUGUCUGGGUAACAGUGGAAACACGGUCUCUGAUUGGCCCGGUUAUUUUCUGAUCGGGAAUACACGCUCUCUAUGGGCCGAAGUCCAGACUGUUGUGGGAAGGAACAUCAAGUGAUUCACGCAACAGGAUGGCCCGGCCAGGCUAGGCAAGUCCACCCCUGUUUGUAAUCCGUGAGUUUACAUACCCCUCCUACUUUGUCCAAUUGACGAGCACCCCUUUCAACCACGUGAUGCUGCUCAGAAAGUUGGGUGCACUUUAGAAAUCACGGUUCUGUGAAAGCAGAACUGAAUCAAGUGAUAAAUGCAACAAUGUUGCGACCUUCAGCUCCCCAAUCCAACCAAGUCCGCUUUGUCAGCUGUGAAAGCCACUUAAGAAGACUUUCUGCACAUUAUGCAACAAUAAAAAUUCUCAUUACCUCUUAUACCAUCUAUUUUUAAUAGUAAUAAUAGUAUUUUUAAUAUUUUUGUAUGCAUUUAAGACUUAAAGCAUGUUUACAGUUUUACUUUUAUUAUUUUACGCUCUAUUUUCGUGUAUGCCAGUGAGACUGAGGCGCACCGAGGUCCGCCAAGCUGGGCGUGGUGGCGUGGCAGAGGGAGGCGUCAACAGAAUCAGCUGGCGCAGUGACAUUUUUGUGCUCACCGGUGGUGUAUAAAGUGCGCUGAAAGCUUGCCGAUUCAAACCUGGUCAGCUUUCAGUGCAGGCAGAGCGCAGCUGGUCUAGAGGUAUUUUGGAAGACCAGCGGCGUAUCGGCAUACGUCACCGAUGCCUCACUGGCAGGUUUCCACAGUGUCAGGCACAUUUCAGUGCAAUAAAUAAUCAACAACUAAUAAUCUGAGUCAGCACAUUCAUUUAGAUCUAUAUAGAUAUAUUUUGAUCUAUAUCUGAUCUGAUGAGCGCGUUUGGCACACAACCUGACAACCUUACACACAACCUUAUUUCUCGCGCAGCUGGACCUGGACAUGUCUCCGUGUACUCUCCCCGUCCUGCUGCAGCUGCUGAACAGAUGAUUUGUUUCAGUGAUCAGAUGAGUUAUUUACUUUAAGCCUACAUACGAAUAUUAUAAUAUUCAGUUUUUCGAGCCAAAUUUAAUUUAUAUGCCAACAUCUAUGAAAGAAAGAGCCAGAGCGCGAUUCGUCAUUUACGAACAGAUGGUUCCGAUUUUAAUGCCAUUUUUGGAAUUUAUGUUGUGAUCUGUACGCACAACACACCUUUGUCACGUGAAGUUUAAAUAUGUGCAACUUUAUGUCAGUGUCUUUAUUUGUGGAAAGGGUGUUUGUCUCACCAGUGGGUCCAACCUUACACACACCAAAUCCUUUUGUGCUUAUAUGAGACUGUGCAGGACGCCCUCUGCAGCACUUACAGCGACACUUGUUGAGAGGCUGCCUUCUGUCACCAUCGUGUGGCAUUACUGUCUUCAGACAUCUCUUGAUCUCUUUGACUACUUCACCAAAAUUGUAAUACACCUUGCCGGUGGCGGAUUUAAAGGCGAGGAGAGGAGCUGAUGUUAUUGGUCAAUACAGGUCUCGGCUGUAUUAAACAUACUCCACACCCAUUCUCCUCCCUCCCUACGACUUAUGCCGCUGGGAGAAGCUGAGUUAGGGAGGGGGGAUACUUACGCAGGGCUGCGCUGCUCACCAAAAUACCAAACUGUGCUUGGGAAGGCCUUGUUGCGCGGCGGACCUGAUUUACGCCGCGCCUGCGGCAUGACUUCAAAAAGAAUUUUAAAGACGUGCCGCGAUUUAAAAAAAAAAUGACUAUGAUACUGAAAGCGUAAAACUGGACUAUCACAAUCUGCAAGAAACAGACUAACCAUGUUUAACAGCAUUUUAAAAAUAUUGGUAGGAACUUAUAAAUUUUGAAUCAUGCCCAUAAGUGUUUUGUAUUUGUAUUUCCCCCUAAAUCAGUUCAUUCUCCAACUGGAAACUAUUGUCACUUGGAUGUUAAUUUAUUUAUUUUGCUAGUUAUGUUUCCAUCAUUAUGUGGGAUUUUCAGUGAUUUAUUUGUGACUUUAGCAGCUCUAAGCAACAGCAUUUAGCUUGUAUGAUAUCUGAUCAGUUAUAAAUAACAGGUGAUAAGCUGAAGCACUCUCCUUCUUGAAGCUCCUCUUUACCUCAUCAAGGAGCCGAGCCCCAGUCAGCGCCAGGUUUACUGCUGGGCCAACCGACUCCAUGUCUCCAUCUGGCUGUUUUUCCACUCAGAGAGGAAAACUCGGAACCCAAUUCUUCAGCUGAAAACUCUCUAUCGAUCUGUUAUUCUUUAAUUGUAAAGCUAGUCUGGCUAAAGAUAUGCAGCGAGAUGAUAAUAUCCGGUUUGAAAUGUGUUUCUUAAACCUCAGUAUUUCUCAAUAAUUAAAGACUCAACAAAUAAAUAAGUGGAAUAAAGCUGUGGUAAAAGCAGGAUUAAAUUAAGCUUCAGUCUGAAAGCCACAGUUUUGGAUUAGCCAUGUUCUCAUCUAUGUUCUGUCCAAUUCUAAAGUGUUUAAUUUGUCAAUCAUCUGAGCAUAGCGUCUGUGAUUUUAGAGGGCGACCAGUGCGCUAGAUUAUACAGACCAUGGAGAGUUUACCCACUGAGCUCAGCUUCACUGCCUCACACUCUCCCCCGCAUGUCUGCUGGAACAUAAUUUCUGCUGCAAUAAAGUGAUUUGUUUUAGCGUUUAAAGACAGGGGGCACCAUAAAAUAUGAUCUAAAUAGUCCGUGAGAGGGAGGAGAGAAUUUCGUGGAAGAAGAGUAGCGGCUGUACUGUCACCGUCUCAACAAACACGGAGAUUACAUUAUAUAUUGCAAUAAUAAUAUUAAUAAUGAUAACAACAACAACAACAACAACAAUAAUAAUAAUAACUUCAUUAUAUAUUUAAUGAAUUAUUUUGAUAAAUUAUAAAUGAAAAAGCUUGGGACAUAUGUUUUCUCCAGGUUAGGGUUUUAAAAACGUCCUUGAAAUGUGUAAGCUUUUCUGAACCACUUAGCUGUUCUACAGUCAGAAAUAGAAACAGAUGAUCAAAUAUAAAUGAUAAUAAGAGGAAUUUUGUAGGCUUUAAAUUUAAACAUCAUUAAAGAAUAAGAAAUAUUUCUUUUGACAUAAGUUUUAUUUACUGAAUCUAACGUGUCAUGUGUUUGCAGGUGGACAUCCCGAAGACAACCUCCUCCUUCUCCUCGUCUUCUUCUUCGUCAGCUGCAGAUAAGAAGAGUAAAGGACGGACAGGAUGGCCUCAGCAUGUCUGGGCUCUGGAGCUAAAACAAUAG